AUGCGUUGUGGUGCAAUAGAUUACCAAUUACUACAUCUAAAAUUGCAACAGUUCAUAAAAUUGACUAAUAGCCAAGAACAUUUAACAAACUUGUAUCAAGUACUAGAUAAUAUCGUUAAGAACGAUGGAAUCACGGUAAAAAAUGCAUCACCUUGUACAUUGCAAUGUCCUACAUCACUUUAUUUGCCUUACAUCUUAACCCAACCUUGGUACACAUUAGCUACUAAUCACCCAUUAAUGCAAGAUAUACAGAUAUUACAAGAAAAUCUCUACUUAAUACGUGAUGAUUAUUAUGCAGCUCAAACGUUUUCAAAGGGCUGGUGUCAUAAUCAAGAAAAGGAAGGCAGUUGGACGUUAUUUUACUUGUAUAAUCAAGGCCAUAAAGUCGUUGAAAACUGUCAAAUCUGCCCACAAACAACUCAUCUAAUAGAUCAUCAAUUGCGUCAUUUUAUGCGUGGCAAUGUCUUUGGUAAUGCUUGCUUUUCUAAAAUUAUACCAUCAACAAAGAUUGCACCUCAUUAUGGUCCAUGCAAUUAUAGGAUACGUUGUCAUUUGACCCUUCAUACACCAUCUCAAUGUAGCUUAAAGGUUGGCAAUGAAACUCGUCAAUGGGUUGAUGGCCAAUGCCUACUCUUUGAUGAUUCCUAUCUUCACAGUGUACAGCAUGAUAGCAACGAUCAAGAUCGUGUUAUUUUGUUAAUUGAUUUAUGGCAUUAUCAGCUAAGUCCUGUUGAGAGGCAAGCGUUAAAUUUUAUUAUAUAA